AUGAAAGAUUACCUACGACAACACAUCCGAGCGUGUCUACAUUGUCUACUAAGUAAGACCCCGACAGUUGUGCACUUGGAUCACAUUGGACAUUUUGUGACUAGUAAAAGAGGAAAUAAGCAUGUGUUAAUGACAGUGGAUAACCUAACCAAAUUUGUUCGACUGGAUGCCGUUAAGAGUACAGAUACGAAAGGGAUAAUAAACAAAAUGGAAGAUUUUUUGUUGGAUUUCGGAGCACCGGAGCGAUUCAUUACGGACCGUGGACGAGGAUUCAUGUCAAAAAAAUUAGAGGCGUUUUGUCGGACGCAUGGAAUUUAUCAUAGCGUAACGUCACCAAGGCAUGCUCAAGCGAACGGGCAAGUAGAGAAAGUGAAUCGAACCUUGCUCCCAGUAAUACAGGCAAACUUAUUGGAGCAGGAGCACGAUAGACAUUGGGAUAAGAACCUCAAGAGGGUAGCAUGGAGCUUGAAUUCAGCGAUCAACAAAACUACCGGGAGGACUGCCUUUGAAAUGUUGUAUGGUUACAACCCAAGGAUCGGGGACGGACUUUUGCGACAGAUCACUAUCCAGGAAGAAGCUACUCGUUACUGA